AUGGCAAAUUCACGCAACUUCGGGUCUAUGAUGAGCCCUAUGCUCCUAUUUUCCUGUUUCUGCCUCCUAGUGGGAGACAUGCUCUUUGGGUAUGACACUUCUAGCUUUGGUGGUAUUCUGGCCAACCCUGGCUUUGUGAGACAGUUUGGACAAUAUCACCCCAAAACCAAGACGUAUGCUAUUGACUCCCUGCAUACUUCACUUCUCAGCUCUCUCGCCUUCAUCGGCAAGUUUAUCGGAUGCUUGUCGGCCGGUCCAGCCAUUGAGAGAUUCGGCAUCGCAUCGUGUUUUUUGGUCUCUCAAUUGUCUCGGUUAUGGGUGUUAUCAAUCACUGCUGCCGAUACUGGUGCCGGAACUGGGCGACUGGCGCAAUUCAUUGUAGGUCGUAUCAUUGUCUACAUUUCGGUUGGGCUCGUCGAGGUCGAUAUAACCACAUAUCAAUCCGAGAUUGUCCCAAGUCAUUUUCGCGGUGCUGUCGUCGUCUCUCUACAACUAUUUCUCAGCGCUGGAUCAAUCCUAGCCAGUGGUAUCAACAAGGCAUUUGCCACGAGAACUGAUGGUCUGGGUUGGAAAACAAUUACGGGUAUCCAGUUCAUCUUUCCCGUUUUAAUAAUUCUCUUCACCCUUUUCAUUCCGAGCUCUCCCCGUUGGCUGAUUUCCAAAGAUCGUAAUGAAGAUGCUAUUACCGCCCUCUGCCGUCUCCGAAGCAAAGCCUAUGCGGCCAAUGGAUUGUGCGCAGCUGAGAUCCAGGCCAUCCAGGAAGCCCUCCGACAGCAUGUGCACAAAUCUCCGUGGUUUGACCUUGUCCGAGGAAACGAUUUGUACCGAACAAUGAUUGUCAUGGUCUACUACUUUUCCCAACAAACCACUGGUCAAGCAUUCGUUUCGACCUACCAAACAGUCUUCUACAAGACGAAUGGUUAUGCUCAGAAUGCCUUCACUUAUCCCAUAAUUACCAGUUGCCUUACUUUCAUUUGCAUUGUCCCAGUGAUGUACAUGGUGGACAAAGUCGGGUACGCCCAUAACCCCAUCGUCGAUUGUCGAUACUGCCUUAUGUUUUCCUUCACCAUACAAGCCUUUUGGAUGUAUCUGUUGUCUGGUAUAGGGGAGCUGCAGCAAAAGACUCAUUCAGAGAAGAACACAAUCGUGGCUGCUUUUAUGCUAUAUGCAAUUUCUUACAACAUGGGCGGUGCCUCCAUUCCAUAUCUUCUCGGGGCAGAAAUCCCCAAUUCAGCUGUCCGUGAAAAGACGCAAGCCCUCGGAUCAGCGUGGAACGUUGUGUGGGCAUUCGUCACAAAUUUUGUCAUUCCGUACAUGAUAAACGACAUCCAUUUUCAGGUGGGAUGGGUGUUUGGCAGUAUUUCAGUACUUGCACUUCUGUUUACGGUUUUCCUCUUACCCGAGACAAAGGGCCUAGCACUUGAAGAGAUAGAUGCUAUCUUCGCAGUUCCUUAUAACCCUUUUCGUUCUGCCGAAAUUCACGAAACCCCUACUCAGGGCCGGGUUGGGGAACUUGAAAGCAAGAAACAAAUUGUCGUGGAGAAGAAUGGCGAUUACGCCCAGGAGGUCGUUGCUGUAUAG